GACGCGGUGGUGACGUCACCUCACCUUUCCCUACCAGGAAGUGACUGGGACACACACCCAGAGGAAACAGAAACUUAUUUCCACACUUCAGGAAGCCUGAGAUGUUGAAAUGAAGGUUGGUGGGAAAAUUCUCGCGCAUUUUGAAUCGUGCAACUCACCUGUGGACAAGGAGGGAUUCCUGUACAAGAAGGGUGAGAUAAAGACUUCCUAUCAGAAGCGCUGGUGUGUGCUGAAGGGGAACCUCCUCUUCUACAAGGACCGGGCGGGCGACCGUGACCUGAUAGGAGUGAUUGUUCUCGAGGGCUGCACCGUCCAGCUGUGCGAGUCCGAGGAGCAGUUCGCCUUCUCGCUGGUGUGGAGCGAGCCGGGGCUGCGGACGUACAAGUUCGCUGCAGAGGACCAGGCCAGCCAGGAGAGCUGGAUCAAAGCCCUGCUGUCGGCCAACCACAACUACCUGGCGCUUCUCGUGAUGGACCUGGAGAAGAAGUACAGAGAUGCUUUAGCUGAGUUAUCCAGCGAACCAGCCAAAACUUUCACGAUGCCAAAUUUCAGCCAAACAGAGGCCGGAUCCUCAGCCGCCUAUCAGAGCAGACAGUCUUCAUCGCUGCCUUCGUUCGCAGCACCAGCCGCCGUGGUCGCAGCACCCGGGCUGAGCUCCGGUCCGACCCUUCAAACUCCGACCAUUUCAUCCAAAACAGCCAGUAAGAGAUCACCCAAACUCUGGACGAAGAGGAACGCCAACGUGGUGCCGAUUAACGCCCCUGCUCCGCCCAUGGGGGAGUGGUCAGCGGUGUGCUUGGACCCCAAGGAGGAAUUCAGUAAACUGCACGAAGAUUUUGGAAGAGAGGUCAAAGAACUGAUUGUUAAUUGGUCAAAACGAGGACGAGUAGGUGAAGACGUUCAGGAGGAGAACUUGAUAGAUUUUGGAUAAGUUGACGGAUGUGGCGUGUUGUGGGUCUAAUCUUAAAUUUCAGUAACCAUGGUAACAUUGCAAAGGACCAAUGUAAAUAGGGUUUACAAAUUUUAAAAAUAUUUUAAGAUAUAGUUUAUAUAUUUAUGGUUGGAGAGAGAACAUACUGUUGUUUUUUACUAUGUGAUAGAGUCAAUAAAUGAUCUGUGACCUGCUGCCCUAUUGACUUUCACACACACCAUACAUUUGUAUUAUUUUGUCAUCAAUAGCAAUAAGAUUUAAGUCCUAUAUAUAUAUAUAUAUAGAUUUAAUGACAAUGUGACAGUGGUUACAACACCUCACGCAACCUUUACUCUGGAGCAAAAAUUCAAUAAAAAAUAA